AGUUGCGUCCGCGUGAAAACCUCCGCGUGAAAACACCAAAGUCUCCAUCGCGAAUCACCCAGAGAUCGACAUGGGCUCCCCAACAGAGAAGCAGGAUGCUGCUAUUGCCGACAAGCUCGAUGUUGACGACGGCGAACUUGCCGAAGUCGCCGAGCUCGACGAGGCGGAGCAGUUCCUCCGGCAGAACAAUAUCAGCAACGACUAUGUUCACGAGCUCGUUAAUGAUGAGGCUGCCUGUAAAGCACUCGUCCGCAAGGUCGACCUCGUCGUUCUUCCGCUCCUGGCAGUGACUUACCUCUGUCAGUACGUCGACAAACAGGCGUUAUCUUACGCCGCCGUGUUCGACCUGUUCACCGACGCGAACAUCAACCAAACCCAGUACAGCUGGUUUGCCAGCAUUUUUUACAUUGCAUACGGUCUAUUCGAAUACCCAAUUUUAGCAUUGGCACAACGUACACGCAUGGCCAAGGUCGUCUCUGGCUGUGUUGUGGCCUGGGGCUCAGUGUUGAUGCUGACUGCCGCUUGCACGAAUUUUGGUGGUCUUCUGGCCUGCCGGUUCCUUCUCGGUGUCUUCGAGGCGGCUAUUACACCCUGCUUCAUGAUGAUUGUGGGCAUGUGGUACACGCGAAAAGAGCAGCCAUUCAGAGCUGGGGUCUUCUAUUGUUUUAACGGAUUUGGCUCAAUGGUUGGCGGCAUCCUCACGUACGGCAUCGGUCAGAUCAAGUCGUUCCCAGUUUGGAAGGCCAUCUUCCUCCUCUGUGGCGGUCUCACGGUCGUUUGGGGUAUUGUGCUGUUCAUAUUCCUCCCGGACAACAUCAUCACAGCAAAGCGCUUCACUAUCGAAGAAAAAGCUACACUGAUCGGACGCGGAAGGCUUGGCCGGACUGGUAUCCUCAGCCACAAGAUUAAAUGGGAUCAGAUCCGGGAAGCUUUAUUGGAUCCGCAGGUCUGGCUUCUUACACUCUUUAUGCUUCUGAACGAAGUAAUCAACGGUGGCAUCUCCAACUUUGGCAAGCUCAUCAUCAAGGGCCUCGUCAAAGAUCCGCUGCAGACGACUGCACUCGGAAUCCCCCAGGGUGCAUUUCAAGUGGUUUUCAUCUUAAGCGGCACCUACAUCGCCUCUAGGUUCAAGAACGCCCGGACUAUUGUCAUGAUGCUCUACAUGAUCCCAACGAUCAUCGGUGUUUGCCUCGUGUGGAAGCUGGACCGCGUCAAUAACAAAGUUGGCGUCCUCAUUGGAUACUACAUCUGUGGCAGCUUCGUGUCUGCGCUCGUUGUGGCUCUCCAGAUGCCAGCCUCCAACCUGGGUGGUUACACGAAGCGCGUGACUGGUACAGCCAUCGUCUUCGCAGCCUACUGCAUUGGCAACAUCAUCGGCCCGCACGCCUUCCUUGAGUCGGAGUCACCACUGUAUCCCACGGGCUGCAAGGUCGUCCUGAGCUGCGCCGCCGGCCAGGCGGUCGUGGCCCUCUGCCUCCGGCUAUUGCUCAUCCGCAGGAACAAGCAGAGGGAUGCGGCUGCCACUGCUGCGGGCGAGGAUCCCGCGGCUUCAGCUGUAGAUGAGGCUGCCUCCGAUCUUACGGAUCUCCAGAAUCCCAAGUUCCGCUAUGUCCUUUAACUGAUAAUCCUAACAUAAUUCGCUCGGGAGUCGUUCUGGUCAUCAACUAGCCUAUACAAUGCAUUACUUUUCUCGGAUGUUGAGGUGUUCUUAUGCACCACCUGCGGCUCAAUGAGUCUGGGAAACCUCUGAGUGAUGAAAUAGCGUAGACCAAUGGCUGAACGCAGUGCCGGCCACACUCUGACCCU